AUGAAUUGGAAAAAAGGCGCUACUAGCAUGGAAGCUGAUGCCAUCGCUGAUGGGUUUAAACAAAGUGUAGAACUGCACGGACUCAAAUACAAUAAACUAAUAGGAGAUGGAGAUUCAAGUGUUUCAAAAAGGCUUGCUGAAAUCAUGCCUUAUGGUUGUAGACUGCUUAUAAAAAAAAUAGAAUGUCGUAAUCAUUUAUUGCGAAAUUAUGGAACAAAAUUAAUGGCUAUGACAAUAAAUAAAAAAUAUCCAAUUCCACUAAGAAACCAUGUAAAGGCAAAUAUAUUACGUUUUAGAUAUGCCAUAACUAAGGCAAUUGAAUAUCGUAAUAGUUUACAGGGGCAAUUAGAUUACGAAAAAGAAGUUGGAUUACGGAAAGAUAUAAAUAAUAGUUUUCGUCACAUUUUGGGUAGUCAUGAUCAAUGUGAGGAAUAUUUUUGUAAGCCCGCUAACCGCAAUUUACCAAAUGAAAAAAAUAUGAUUAAAUCUGCCGAGGAAUCAGGGUUCUUGAGCGAUAUAUCUCAAAUAAUAUCUCGUUUGGUCACAAAUGUUGAUAGUUUACUCAUGAAUGUCGAUAACAACGUGUGUGAACAAUUUAAUAGUGUGAUCAAUAAAUAUUUAGCGGGUAAACGUAUAAAUUAUUCACAAAGAAAUUCGUACAAUUCUCGAGUUGAAGCUGCAGUAAUAUCGUACAAUUCCAAUGGACAAUUUCUUCGAUUAUUACACAAAAAUAUUGUAAAUGAUAUAAGCCCAGGUAUUAUAGGAAAGAAGUUCCUAACAUUGACUGAAAAAAAAAGGGUACAAUUAAAAUCUAGAAAACUUCUUUUUCCAAAACAUAUUAAGAAAAAAAGUCAUGUUGGCCCAGAUGAACAUUAUGGUUUGGCCGAACCACUACCCGAGGAAGAAAAUAUGUCUAAAGAAACACUACAUAAAUUAAAAGAAGAUUUUAUCAAUUCCUUGAAAUUAGAUAGAAGUGGUCGCUUAAAUAUUGAAACACUAACUAGACAACAGGCUAACUCUCAAAUUUGGCAUUCUGAACGAAGAAAUAGACUUACAACAUCAAAUUUUGGUCGUGUUUGUAAAUUACGACCAACUACGUCUUGUAAAAAAACAGUUUACGAUAUAUUAUACCGAACAUUUUUUUCAAAGGCAACUGAUUAUGGUAAAGCCACCGAACCAGAAGCUAUUGUUGCAUUGGAAAACAUAUUAAAAUGCAAAGUCAAUCCAUGUGGACUUAUCAUUGAUGAACAUUUACCUUACUUAGCAACAACUCCAGGUAAUAUAUAA